CCUCCCUUCUGUCUGACACACCGGAAAAGAAAGACUGUAAUGCGUGACGAUUGAAAACAUUUGUCUCUCGUACAUACAAUCUGUUCUCCAACAAUCUUUUACGUAUUAUAAAUCUUGCACAAUGGUGAUUACAUCCACCUGUGGUCGUCGUGAUCGCUGUUCGUUGCGUGAACAAUCGUAGUUUCAUUAUACUUUUCGAUGCUGUUUCCAGAGAGCGAAAGAACGUUGCUUCUCGCUCAAGCUUCCACACGAGCGCGUUGUGUGUCAAAUACUUUGUUGUCACAUAGGUAUAUCGGUUCCGGUCAAACGUGUUCAGUGAGUGUCCUUUUGUUUUGCAGUUAUCCGUCUACGAAGGCGGUUCACGGACGCGUUCGAAUACAAUUUUUUUUUCUGCACCGCUUCUGGUCGGGUGACCAAACCGAGAAGACGACGAGCCAUGCCUCGACCGGUGUCCGCCCAGACUAGGAACGAGAACGUCAUGAAGCUCACGGCUGCCAGGCAACUGCACAACACGUCGGACGCCGUGGAGAAGCUGCGUCUCCUGUGCCUUCAGCGGGGCUCGGCCGGAAUUCUGAGUCUCGGAAAAGUGUUCCGUCGGAUGGACGAUAACGGCAGCGGCGACCUGUCUCGCGACGAGUUUAUCAAAGGAUUGGACGACUCCGGCAUGGCGCCCUUUCUCGAAGCCGAGGACUAUGACAAGCUGUUCGAGCUGUUCGACGCGGACAACUCCGGGGCAAUCAAGUUCGACGAAUUCAUCCGCACUAUCAGACCCAAAAUGAGUCCCAGCCGAGAGGCGUUGGUGACCAAGGCAUUCCAGAAGCUGGACCGUUCGGGCGACGGCCAGGUGACAUUCGAGGACCUCAAGAGUGUCUACAACGUGCGGAACCACCCCGAGUACCUGAAUGGACAGAAGACGGAGCGAGAGCUGUUGAACAAGUUCCUGGCUACUUUUGAACAAGGGGGUGUCGUCGACGGCGUUGUGACCAAGGACGAGUUCUUCGACUACUACUCGGGCGUGAGUGCUUCCAUCGACGAAGACGCCUACUUUGACCUGAUGAUGAGAACCUGUUGGAAGCUAUAGCCUCGACUGCACACCACGUACACCCGUGCAACUAUGCUUUCCUCCUCAUUUCCACGUCUUUUUUUUUUUUUUUUUUCACGUUGGUUCACCGACUGCUCCCCGCGAGAUGACUACAUUGACUGGGCACAGAUAACGCUUCGAUGUGUCGCCAGGGCCAAAUGAUUAAAGUGAUUAAAACGAACACUAAUUCUGCAGUAACGUCGCUUGACGUGGCUUAAUGUUGACACUGUAUA